AUGUUCCCUUGCCUCUUCUCGAUAACCUCCCUCGCGUCCCGCAAAUUCAGCCGCCUCCUUAGACUCCUCUAUAAACAUACAGAACUGAUACCUCACAUCCACGAACUUCAAGUACAUUUCGAAUGUGGAGGACCCAAUCCUGAGUCCGGGAUCUUUCCAGCAGGUGCCGACGACACGCUUCUUCCUUCUCUUCUGACGGCAUUCACACAUGUUCGCCAUAUUGAACUAUCAUCCAAUUCCAGCGCAUCAUGGGACUCGCUCUCGCCGCGUGUCCUACAUGCUAUCGAAACAGUCGUCUGCCAGCCCUCAAUAACCUAUGUUCGCCUUUCCUCAUGGGUCUUCGAUAGCUGGAAGACUAUUGCGUCGCUCUUCCGGCAUAGUCAAAAUCUACGAGGACUUGCACUUCGUUCGACGGAGUUAGGUACCGUCAGUGAGGAACAGGAACAGGAAUUUCGGUCAGGAUCCUCGGGGCCACGUCUCGAGUUCCUCACCCUGGAUUAUGUAGAUUGUCCAGAUCUGGGAAGCUGGCUCUCCAAUGAGCACCCAAUUAUGAUGGACUUGACAAACAUCCGCGAGUUCCGCUUAGCUCAUUCGGACGACAAUUGCGUCGACCGGCUGCUCCGCACUUUUGGAGACUCACUCGAACGAUUCCAUCUCAAACCUGGGAGGAUAGGUCUACAGCCCAUGACCUUGGAGCGAUGUGCACGAUUAAGAUCCUUGAGACUGACUUUGGACGAGUACCCCGCUUCCCUUGUGUGGGUUUCGAAUGUCCUAAAUAGUAUCCCAGUACCCGGGAUUCUCGAGCACGUCGCUAUCGAGGUGUACAUUGAUCCUAAGAAGUUGAUGGGCUGGAGAGCGAUUGACAACAUCCUUACCCGGUCGGUAGCGUCGUUCGACUCCCUAAAGGAGGUCGCGAUAGGAGUAUUCGCCCUUCCUGCGAACGCCGAAUUCUUGAAAGUUCAGGAAGGACUCGCGGGUUUGAAGGAACGGGGUCUCUUGCGUGUUUAUCAGUUGGCGACUAAGAGCCAGAAACUUUGUUCCGAGUUGACGCCGAUGAUAAGUAGCUUUGAGUAA